UCGAGAAGUUUACAAUUGGAAUAUUUUAUUUUUGUAUUUCUUAUUUAAAACGAAUUUAUUACAUACAUCGUAUUGUUAAUUUUGAAGUAACUCCUUCCGUGGCUGAGUAGAAUUAUCAAAAAUACAAAAAGUGAAUACUAACCUAAAACUAUGUUUCGGUUACCGGUUAAAUGUAGAAUGCACAGUUCUUGGAUACGUUUCAAAAGUUCUAGUAGUUUCAUAAGAAGCACUUUUAUAGAUUACUUUGUGAGCCAACACGGCCAUAAACAUGUAAAGUCCAGUUCUGUUUUGCCGCUAUUUGAUCCCACUGUGCCCUUUGUAAAUGCUGGUAUGAAUCAGUUCAAAGGUGUAUUCCUUGGUAAUGUAGACCCUCCAUAUCCUCGAGUAGUGAACUCACAAAAGUGUGUCCGUGUCGGAGGCAAACAUAAUGAUCUUGAUGUUGUCGGGACCGAUGGACACCAUCACACAUUCUUCGAGAUGCUUGGCAAUUGGUCCUUUGGUGAUUAUUACAAGAAAGAAGCUUGUCAGAUGGCGUGGGACUUACUACUAGGUCCGUACAGGCUAAAACCUGAGAAUUUAGUUGUCACAUACUUUUCUGGUGACGCUGUUAUUGGACUCCCUGAAGAUAAAGAAUGCAGGGAUAUUUGGAAACAAAUUGGUGUCCCCGAAAGCAGGCUACGUGGACUGGGUGCCGCCGAUAACUUUUGGGAGAUGGGCGUCACCGGACCCUGCGGGCCGUGUACGGAGAUACACUACGUGCACCCAGACGGGACUCUCACGGAGAUCUGGAAUCUAGUGUUUAUACAAUGCAACAGAGAAUCGAACGGCAGUGUGUCUGCGUUGCGGCGGCAGCACGUUGACACUGGCCUGGGCCUGGAGCGGGCCGCCGCGCUGCUGCAGGGCGUGCCCACCAACUACCACACCGACCUGUUCCAGCCCAUCAUACAAGCCAUACACAAGAACAGCAAAGGUACACCGGCAUACAGCCAUCGGUACGGACCAGAGGCUACUUUAGACACCGCUUACAGACGGUUGGCCGACCACGCACGCAUGGUGGCUGUUUGUUUGGCGGACGGCGCGUUCCCUGCUGCCAACUUAAAUCUAAAACAGGUCAUGCGGAAAUCAUUCAAAAUAUCAACAGAUGUAUUCCAUAACCCUCGCUUACUUGCCUGUCUGUAUGACGAAGUAAUGAAUACUCUUGGCACAACAUAUCCAGAACUGGAAACCAAAGAGAAGGAUGCCAAAGUGAUCAUCGAACAUGAGAUGCAAGCGUACGAGAAGAUGAGGGCCGGCCUCGCGAAGAAGUGGAGGGACCUGGUCAAGCAAUAUCCGGAAGUUGAAGUGUUGAGUGACGUGGAAUUAGGUGGUUUUGCGUUGGGUUAUAAGGAGUUUAAAGAGACGGUGUCUAAACAAAAUGCAACAGUAAUACCAGGGGAUUUAGUUUUCAAAUUGUAUGACACACAUGGUUUCCAAGAGGAACUAAUUGAGAGGAUAGCUAAAUUAAACAGCUUGGAAAUAGACAAAAAGGAAUUCUGGAAACUUCUGUCACAGCACAAAUCUAGACAUAAGACAGCCUUUAAAGAACAGAGUUCUAACAAAGGCUUAUUGUUUGAUCAAACCAUAGAGAAACUUAUUAAAAGUGGUACGACAUCAACGAACGACUCGCACAAAUAUGAGUACUUAGUCAUAGACAACAAAAUUCAAUUCGAACCGUUGAAGACUAAUGUAGUAGCAAUUUUGAAUGAAGACUGCGAAUGGAUAGACUAUUUAGAACCAUGUGAAAGCAGACCUUAUUAUUUAGUAACAAAAGACACAAAUUUCUAUUGCGAAGAAGGAGGUCAAAUCGCUGACCGUGGUAUUAUACGACUAAAUAAAGAUGUGGCCUUAAAAGUAGAUAGCGUUUUCAAGAUUCGAGGCUUCGUAUUUCAUAAGGGUUAUUUCGAAGCGAACAAAGGUGGAGAUUGUAAUUAUAUAAAUUAUAAAAGUGAUGUAAGUUUAGAAAUAGAUAGUGCUAGAAGACUGAAUAUAAUGAGAAAUCAUACCGGUGUUCACUUGUUGAAUGCGGCUAUAAAACAAGUCCUACCAAAUAGUGUGGUGUGUCAAAUUGGUUCUGGUGUAACCGAGAAAGGGCUGUAUUUAAAUUUGUCGGUUUACGGCGAGAAAUUGUCGCAAGAUGUAGUGUUGCAGGCACAAGAAUUAAUAAGGCAAUCGAUCCAGGCGAAUGCUCAUGUGGAAACCAGGCUAGUGGAGGACCCUCAAGUGGUGGAGACGGAGCUGGUGACCACGGUGCCCGGACAGGUGUACCCUGAGAGUGGGCUGCGGCUGGUGGGAGUGAAGGCGCCGCUGCUCUCCAAAGAACUAUGCUGUGGAACACACGUGCCCUCUACCGGAAUUAUUGAAGACUUCUGCAUCACCAACGUUAAAGGUGCCGGUGGCAACACGCCCACCAUACACGCGCUUACCGGAGACGCCGCUAAACAGGUACGCGAACUCUUCUGCCGAGCAGAGAAGCUAGAGCAAGUUAUCGAUCUGGUCAGCUCCGAGCGUCGUGAAGAAGAAAUAUCCCGCAUAAAACAGCAGCUUCUAGAACUUUGCGGGUCUACCGGGGCGCCGUACGGCGAGCACGCACAUUGUCUCGCGCGCGUCAAUACGUUACUGAAGAGAGAUGUUAAUAAGAACGAGAUGGCAUUACAGGCUAUCGCGGAAGCGGAAGUGCGCGAGGUGUUCGCGGAGGCGCAAAACGCUGGUCGGAAUUUUGUGGUGCACUUCCUGCGGUGCUCGUACCUGAUGCAAGCGGACGGCUUGGCGCAGGCACUGGCCGCUGGCGGAGCCCUGACCGCCGGCGGAGCGCCCGACGAUGGGACGCAGGCGCCGUCGCUGCUGCUGGGCUGCGCCGGAGGUAACAUCCUCGCCACGUGCAGGGUGCCGCAGGGGAUGGUGAACUCGUCGUUCUGCGCAGAGCGGUGGCUCGGCUGCGUUGCAGCGGUGUUUGGUUCCAAACUACGGACCACCGCAGGCAUCGAACCCACACUCUACGCAGAAAUGACUGCCGCUAAGGUAAGCCUAAUAAACUGCGAGCAACUGGUGCAAGACGCAAUGCUAGUAGCCAUCAAGUAUGCUCAAGCACACAUCAAACACAACGGGCACAGUAGCGACACACGUGGGCAGAAUAGUAAAAACAGACAACACAACUAAUGUUGAAUAUCUCUUAGAUUUGUUUGUAGAAACGACGACUAAGUGUGGACACACACUAUUCAGUUGGUAUUCGAUUGGUGCAUUUGGUAGUUAUGCCCCGCCCCUUUCGGUAAUGCGCCAAUAAGAAUGAAGAUGCACAGAACAAUCGUCUCACUAAGUCGAAUGUGUGAAUGGUACUAAACUGUAGAUUAGCAGUAAACCUGGUGGACUUAAACUCCCUUCAGUUGACAUAAUUUGCUUUCGAUAGCGUGUAGAUCUUGGGCUCAGAAAAUAAUAAUUAAUUCACUUGAAAAAAUAAUUUGAAAUCUUUAAUUUUAUUCAAUAGAAUAAUUGUUAUUGUUAAAUAAAAACAAAUAGUUGCUAUUAAAUUCAUUUUUCUGUAUAUACUUCUAAAUGAUGACUGAUUUAUAUGGGCAAUUUUUUUAUAUUUUUAGUUAGUACUGCCAUGUUGUUACUCGUAGACUUGCCUAGCCGCUCAGCCCGCACAGUACUCCUUUCAGAUUUGACACUGGGCAUGAGUUACAACUUAAAAACACAAUAGCUGCCUUUACACGUACACUCUUUCUUACAUACUUCACACGCGAAUCGGCUUUCACACAGGAAUGAAUGUGCAUAAUGUAGACAAAGAGAACGAGAAAGAGAGUCUGCGCGUCGCCAGUGAGCGCAUCCCACGUACAGCAAUCGUGCGUGCUUUAGCGCCAUUUUGUAAUAAUUAAUUCUCAUUAUAAAACGUGUUAUAGAAAAUAAAUUCUGUGGAAUCAAAUAUAAAAUUUGAAAAGAAUGGGAAAUUACUUAAAACAUACGUGCAAUCACACACAUACAAAUUGCGAGUGAUUACUCGUGUGCGCGCUCUGGUUAUUCCUCUCUAGAUCGCACGUGAAAGAACGUGUCGUGUAAAGACAGCUAUUAGUGACGUCAUAAAUCAAUCAGGACUUCUUUCGGUUAAGGGGUAUAAUAGUCACGUAUAGGCCAACCUUCAACGUAAAGAAUGUCUGUCCCGUCUGUUUGUCAGGACUGAAAGGGCUAAGGAAUUUCAAUCAAUAGUGCAGUGUAGUGUGUGUAGUGUAAAAAAAUUUGAUAAAGGUAUUGUAAUGUUGUCUGUAUCAAUGUGUAAAUUAACAUGUAGUUAUUAUAUUAAUAUUAGUUUGGGAGUCCAUUGCUCAGUAAAUAAUAUUUGUGAUAAUAACGUCUAAUACUAAAUUAUAUGGAAAUUAGUCAAUAGAAUAAUGAGUAUAGAAUAAUUUAUAUUUUGGAAUAAAUUCGGUAGUUAGUAACAAUGGCAACAUAGACAAAGACGCAUGGCGGAAUUAGAGGUAUACUUUGUUUCUUUUGCAGGUGUUAAAAAAAAAUAUAACAGUAGUAUUUUGUUUAUGGUUCUUGAGAUUAUUAUGUAUUAUUUUUUUUAUAUAAAUAUGGAUAUUGAAAUUAUAGAAUGAUUUGAAAAGUCUUUUAAAUUGAACUAGUCUUCCUUUUAUGCUUAGAUAUUAACUACCUCUUAUGUUUUUGUAAAUAUACGACAUCGCACAGAA